AUGGCGCCCAUCACCCAUGAGAUCGACCCGGAAGCGGAUACAAUCAUCACCUUGAAGAACGCUUCUGCGAUAUUCGCGACCUGGGAUUUCGACUUCGAGAACACUUCAUCGGCGGCCGGAGCGUUGUCGUCGGAAGUUUACAAUGAAAAUGACAUCUCGGAGUCAAGCGAUCGUUCCGGCGAGAAGAAAGAGAAGGACAUAUACUUUCGGGUCUCGUCCCGACAUCUCGCACUUGCUUCUCCAUGGUUCAACCGCGCAUUGGCAAAAGAGAAAUGGUCCGAGUCAAAUCGCGAUAAAGGGGACGGCCUCUUUCAUCUUACUACCUCUGAUUGGGACGCUGAGGCGUUUCUGAUCUUGCUCAGCAUAUUUCACGUGCGUCACCGAGACGUGCCGAAAGAAUUGUCCCUAGAGCUGCUAGCGAAGAUUGCAGUGCUUGUGGACUACUACGAGUGUGGGGAAACCGUCGAGCUGUUCAGUGAGAUGUGGAUCAGCUCAGCCAAAGCCAAAAUCAUGCAUUCCCUAGUCUACGAUCAGAACCUUGUACUCUGGAUGUGGGUAUCCUGGGUCUUUGGUGUAGAUGAUAUCUUCACUAAGACCACAGUCACCGCCAUUAGGCAGAGCAAAGAGAGUUUGAACACUCUUGGGCUACCCAUUCCCGCCAUGGUGUAUGCUGAGAUCGACACGAAACGUAAUCUGGCCAUCGAAGAUGUGGUUGACAAACUGCACAAGCUCCUUGACAGCUUUCGCGACAGCUCUUAUCUGUGUCCCGUGGCAGAAGACCUGUCAUUCCAGUGUGGAGCCUAUCAGCUUGGGCUUCUCACCAAGACGUUGGAUUCCAUGGCUCUUCUUUCACCUCGUCCUGAACCCCCAUUCGCAAAUCUCAGCUUGGAGAACCUGAACUUGACGCUAAGCAACUUCAAGUCACCAAAGUGGUCGCCAUAUAUGGCACGUGUAAAGCAUCAAAGUUAUCAUACCUGCGAUGUCGGCCAAACAAUCAGGGAGAUGGUGGGCUGCGUGUACCAAACAGUGACCGGUCUGGAUCUAUCCAAGAUAAGAGAUCGCACCACCGAGUGA